UGCUGGAACGCAGCGAGGUGAGGCUCGUACGUGUCGCGUGGCGUCGGGCUGAUCGCACCGGGACAAGUGUCGCGUCGUGUGAAUGUGAUAGUGAACGCGUGUGCUUCUGUGAUAAAGUGUGUCGCGAGUGAUAGUGUGAGCGUGUGAUUGGAUACAGUGAUGAUGUGAUGUGCAAAGCCAUGCGUGCGAGCGUGCACGCCCUCCUGCACGCCCUGUGCGUGCUCGCGCAGCUGGCGCUGUCCGUGCACGCGCAGGGCCCAUGGCCCGGGCCAGGACCGGGCCCCGGGUCAGGGCAGGGCCCCGGCGAGCAGAUGCAGUCCCGCGCCGUGGAGACGCGCGUCCAGCUGGAGAUUCUGGAAGGCCAGCCCCGAGGCACAGUGGUGGGCGGCAUACCGACCAAGCCAGGAUUCACCUACCGCUUCAACGAGCCACCCCGGCAGUUCACGCUCAAUGCCACCACGGGGGAGAUCAGGACCACCACCGUCCUGGACAGGGAGUCCCUCCGCAAUGAGCGCUACGACCUGGUGGUCCUAUCGUCCCAGCCCACCUACCCCAUCGAGGUCCGCAUCGUGGUAGUGGACGUCAACGACAACAGCCCCGAGUUCCCCGAGUCCUCCAUCGCGGUGUCCUUCUCGGAGAGCGCGGCCGCGGGCACGAGGCUGCUACUGGAUGCGGCCUCGGACAAGGACCAGGGCGCCAACGGCGUGUCCAACGACUACCAGAUCGUGGACGGCAACGUGGACGACAAGUUCAGGCUCGAGGUCACCGACAACCCGGCCGGCGGAGCCUACCUGCACCUGGAGACGACGGGCAAGCUCGACCGGGAGACGAGGGCCAACUACAGGCUCAACAUCUCGGCGAGGGACGGUGGAACACCGCCCAGACACGGAUACCUGCAGGUCAACGUCACCAUCCUGGAUGUGAACGACAACCCGCCCAUCUUCGACCACUCGGACUACACCGUGUCGCUCAAUGAGUCUGUGACGCCCGGAUCAGCUGUUCUGCAGGUCAUGGCCACCGAUUCAGACGAGGGCGACAACGCCAAGAUAACCUACUAUCUGGCUGACCUGGAGAGACAGUUCGUCGUUGACCCGGAGACGGGCGUCAUCACCACGACCGAGUCGUUGGACUGCCCACACCAGCAGAGCUGCCCACAGACCUCACAAGAAGGGGAGAACGCCCAGCCCCGGCGCGGUAGCUGUCCAAAGUCGUGUGUCUUCACAGUGUUCGCCCGGGACCACGGCAGCCCCCGCCAGGACGGCAGGACAUACGUGACCGUCAGCCUGGUGGACGCCAACGACCACGACCCCACCAUCCGCUUCAACUACUUCCCCGCCACGUCCACGUUCGCCACGGUGGACGAGAACGCGGCCAACGGGUCGGUCGUGGCCGCCAUCUCCGUCGUUGACAAAGACGAGGGCCUAAACGGCGCCACGACCGUGGGCAUCGCGGCCGGUAACGAGUUGAACCACUUCCGGCUGGACUCGCUGAACGACUUUGACAUCGUGCGCGUGAACGGCAUCCUGGAUCGCGAGCAGAUCAACAAGUACAACCUAACGAUUGUGGCUGCCGACAAGGGGUCCCCGCCACGCACCGCCACCGCCUUCCUCAUCAUCCAGGUGAACGAUGUGAAUGACCACGAGCCCGUGUUCACCAAGAGCGAGUACUCCGCAGUGCUGAGCGAGCUGGCGCCCCCGGGCACCUACGUGGCGGGCAUCACCGCCACCGACGAGGACACGGGGGUCAACGCCCAAAUCUACUACGCCAUCGUGUCUGGAAAUGACCAGCAGUGGUUCCACGUGGACGCGGGGUCCGGCCUGGUCACCACCAGGGCAGCCCUCGACAGGGAGAUCCAGGGCACCGUCGAGCUCAACAUCUCGGCUCGGGACGGCGGCCCCAACCCCAAGUGGGCCUUCACCCAGCUGAAAGUGACCAUCCUGGACGAGAACGACGAGAGCCCGCGUUUCUCGCAGGACGUGAUCAACGUGUCGCUGCCGGAGGGCACGCCCCCGAACACCCUCGUCGCCAUGCUGACGGCCGCGGACCACGACCAGGGCACCAACGGCAGUGUCACCUACUCCCUGCAGGCCGACGCGCUGCAGCGCUACCCUGGCGCCUUCGCUUUGGACUCGAUCACGGGGCAGCUCACCACCAAGGCCAAGCUGGACCGGGAGGCCAUCCCCAGCUACGAGAUCGUCGUCCUGGCGAGAGACCAGGGCUCGCCGCUCCGCUCCUCCACCUCCACUGUGCACUUGACCGUCAGUGACGUCAACGACAACUCCCCCGUCUUCUACCCAGUACAGUACUUUGUGCACGUGCACGACGACACCCCCCUGGGGACGUCCGUGGCGCGUGUCACUGCCCAGGACGCCGAUGAGGGGGAUAACGCCGAGAUUCGCUUCGCCGUGGAGAGCGGCGGUGAGGGGCUCUUCCACAUCGACGAGGCCACGGGCGUGCUUUCAAUCAAGUCGCCCCUGCGCGCCGCGCAGAAGUCCCUCUACCGACUGCGCGUGUCCGCCAGGGACGCAGGUGACAGGCGGGCCCCAGAAGACGCCCUCAUCGAGGUGGUCAAGACCCGGAAACUGGAGAAGCUGGAAUUUGAAUCUGAACGCGGUUAUGACUUCCAGGUGGCAGAGGACGACUCCCGUGAGGAGGCCGCCGUAGGCAGACACGUGGGGCAGGUCAAGGUACGUGGAGAGGCGGACAGCGUGCGGUACAGCCUUGUGUUCGGCGACGUCAACAAGGUGUUCAACAUGGACGAGAGGACGGGUGGCCUGUCCACGGCCAGCAGGGUUGACAGGGAGCAGGCCGCCACCUACAGGUUGACGGUGGCCGCGCGGUCCGGGCUCGCCUACGGGCAGACCACCAUCAACGUGACCGUCCUGGACGUCAACGACAACGAGCCCCGUUUCAGCCGUGAGCGCGAAGAUGUCCGUUUGGCCGAAAACUCGGCCGUCGGCCAAGAGGUGUACCUUGCUCACGCCCAGGAUCGCGAUGCAGGCGUCAACAGCCGUAUUCUGUACAGCCUCAGCAAGAACCCAGACGAUCAGUUCCGCAUCGUGGAAACAACUGGCGUCGUCUACCUCAACCGCCCCAUCUUGACGGAACCGGGGACGUCCAUGCAGCUCGAGGUCACCGCCACGGACAGCGGCAGGCCCGCGUUGUCUUCGAAGAACACGGUUGUCGUGACUGUCGAGGAUGUCAACGACCACACACCUGUCUUCGACCACACCUCCUACGAGACGUCCCUGCUCGAGUCCACACCGGUGAACAGUCGUUUCUUUGCUCUGGCAGCUAGCGACCAGGACUUGGGCGCCAACGGCUUGGUGUCCUACAGCAUCACGGAGGGUGACGGCGACGGCAAAUUCGGCGUCUUUCCAGACGGCUUCCUGUACGUGCGCAGCGCCCUGGACCGGGAGGAGAAGGACUACUACGCGCUCACGGUGACGGCUCGGGACAACGGCGACCCGCCGCGCUCCUCCAUGGUCCCCGUGGUCAUCCACGUGGUUGACGAGAAUGACAACGCCCCUGAGUUCAACAACGCCACGUUUAACUUGGUGCUUCGGGAGAACGAGCCCCCAGACACCUUCGUCGGCAAGCUCAUGGCCUCAGACAAGGAUAUGGGCCGCAACGCCGAGCUCACAUACUCCAUCGCCAGCCCCAACAACGACUUCACCGUGGACCCGCGCAACGGCUUCAUCAAGACCCUGCACAUGUUCGACCGCGAGGAGCUGCUCCGCACCACGGGCCAGACCGUCGUCACCCUGGAGGCGUACGUGGCGGACAACGGCCAGCCGCGGCUCCGCGACAAGGUGAAGGUCAACGUGUACAUCACGGACGUGAACGACAACCCUCCCCGCUUCCUGCGCACGCCCUACCGCACGCAGGUGUCCGAGGGCUCCACCGUCGGCACGCAGGUGCUCCGCGUCUACACGAUGGACGCCGACGAAGGGCUCAACGGCGACGUGUUCUACUCUAUCCUGGCGGGUGACUCCGAGGGCCGCUUCGCCAUCGACGAGGCCACGGGGCAGAUCGCCCUGGCUCGACCAUUGGACCGCGAGACAGUCUCAAAGUACACGCUGCAGGUGGUGGCUAUGGACGCGGGGCUCAACACGCGGCUCAACAGCAGCACUACAGUCGUUGUCGACGUCCUGGACGAGAACGACAACGCCCCCGAGUUCACGCAGAGCGAGUCCCACAUCGAGGUGCUGGAGACCACCGCCAUCAACACGAGACUCAUCCAAUUCAGAGGCUCCGACGCCGACCUGGGUGUGAACAGCGAGGUGACCUUCUCCAUCACGGCGGGAAACCGAAGGGACACGUUCCACGUGGACCCUGCCUCUGGCGAGCUCUACCUGUACAAGCCGCUGGACUUCGAGGACAUCAACGCCUACACACUCAACAUCACGGCCUCGGACGGAGGGAGCCCCCGGCUCUCCACCACCAUCCCCUUCCGAGUGACCGUCCUGGACAGCAACGACAACCCACCGGCCUUCCCCAACACGGCUAUCGUCCGCCAGAUCCGCGAGGGCAUCCCCGUCAACACCCCCAUCGUGACCGUCACAGCGGAGGACCCCGACUCGGGCGCCAACGGCAGGAUCGUGUACUCCAUCACGGCGCAGGAGCCCGAGGGACGCAACGGCCGUCAACACUUUGGCAUCAACCCGAGCACGGGCGUCGUGCACACACUGCUCCCCAUCGACCGCGAGUCCGUGGACACCUUCCGGCUCACUGUCGUGGCCUCCGACCAGGCCGAGCCAGCCGCGACGCGCCUCAGCGCAGAGAAGCUGGUGACCGUCAUCGUGGAGGACGUGAACGAUAACGCACCAGUGUUUACCUCCAUGGCUGCCGUCGUGCUGCCCGCGUCCGGCGACGUGGUGACCACCGUGGCGGCGAGGGACGCGGACUCUGGCAGCAACGGGCUAGUCACGUACGAGCUGGUCAGCGGCGACCGCGAGCUCUUCGGCCUCGAGAGGUCGUCGGGUAUCCUGAGCCUCCGCCGGCCGCCCAACCCCACCUUCUACCGCUACGAGCUGGCCGUCAAGGCCACAGAUGAGGCCGUGCAGGUGGAGCGCCUCUCCACCGACGCGUACAUGACAGUCCUGGCCGCGGGCGAGCCCGGCCCCGAGUUUCAGGGCGGCGCGGUGCGUGCCCAGGUCGCCGAGAACAUGCCGGCGGGGACGUCCGUGGCCUCAGUGCGCGCCAUCGUACCCUCUCGCCCCGACGCCGCGGUGGAGUUGUACGUGACCAACGUGACGGCCUGCGGGUCGGGCGCGCAGGCCGAGAGGCUGUUCGCCGUGGACCCCAAGCUCGGCGUCAUCUCCACCACGCAGCCCAUGGACCGUGAGGCCGGGCCGCCGUCCGCGCCCUGCUACAACAUCGAGAUCUUUGCAACCGUUGCUGGUGCCAAGAGACCGCAGACUCAAACGACAAUGGUGACCGUCUCGGUGCUGGACCGCAACGACUCCCCGCCCUCCUUCCGCGGGUCGCCGCUCAGCUUCCUCGUGUCGGAGGAGCUCGCCGUCGGCCAGUCGGUGGCCACGCUGGCCGCCACGGACCCGGAUACGAUCGGCGAGCUGUCGUACGCCCUGGUGGAGCAGGCCGCCAACACCAGCGGCGCCCCGGCGGCGUCCCCCUUCACCCUGGACGCGCGGACCGGCGUGAUCCGCCUGCGCGACGCCCUGGACCGCGAGGUGCAGGACGCCUACCGACUGCUGGUCCGGGCCUCGGACGGCGUGCAGGCCACGGACGCCUUCGUCACCAUCCAGGUGACGGACACCAACGACAACCCACCCGUGUUCUCGCAGUGGGCCUACUCCAUGGAGGUGCGCGAGGACGCUGCGCGGGGCGCGAGGGUGGGCCAGGUGACCGCCAAGGACCAGGACGAGGGCCCCAACGGCCUGGUGUCCUACUCCGUCGUCUCGGACUGGGGCAACGACAUCUUCGCCCUGCACCCGCAGACCGGCAUCUUCACCCUGGCCUCCCGCCUGGACUACGAGGAGGUGCAGCACUACAUCUUCGUGGUGCAGGCCUCGGACGCAGGCCGGCCUUCGCUGUCCUCCACGCUCACCGUCUUCAUCAACGUCGUGGACGUAAACGACAAUGCUCCGCUCUUCGACCCCAUGAGCUAUUCCGAUGAAGUCUGGGAGAACGUGACGGCGGGAGCUUCCGUUGUCACCGUCUCGGCCACGGACCUGGACUCUGGAGCCAACGGCCGCCUGGAGUACGCCAUCACCGGCGGCGACGACGAGGACGAGUUCUCCAUGUCGCCCAACGGCACCAUCGUCACGCGGCGUGCGCUGGACCGCGAGGCCAAGGCCAGCUACAGCCUGGUGGUCACCGCCACGGACUGCGCCGACCCGCCCAGUGCGCGCCUGUCCUCCACCGUGCAGGUCUCCAUCACGGUGCGCGACGUCAACGACAACGCCCCGGAGUUCAUCACGCCGUCCGAAACCUCCGUCGGGGAGAACGUGUCCCCGGGCACGGUGCUGCUGGCCGUCAAGGCCGUGGACAAGGACGAGGGCCGCAACGGAUACGUGGAGUACUCGCUGGACGCGGUGGAGGCCGUGGACGCGGAGUCGGGCGCGGUGGCGGCCAGCAACGUCGUCGACGACGUCAUGUUCUCGCUGGGCCCGGCCGACGGCUUGCUCCGCGUGGCCGGCCGCCUGGACCGCGAGGUACGCUCCGCCUACAAGCUGCGCGUCACGGCCCGAGACAGGGGUGACCCGCCGCGCGCCACCACCGCCCACGUCGUGGUGCACGUGCUGGACGAGAACGACAACUCGCCCGUGUUCGACCCCAAGCAGUACUCGGCGACGGUGGCCGAGAACGCGUCCAUCGGCGCAAGCGUGCUACAGGUGUCCGCCACCGACAUGGACGACGGCGACAACGGCCGGGUGCGCUACUCCAUCUGGUCGGGCGACGACAACCGGGACUUCUCCAUCAGCGAGGACGGCGGCGUCGUCCGCGUGGCCAAGAACCUCAACUUCGAACGCAAGAGUCGGUACGUGCUGACGGUGCGCGCCGAGGACUGCGCCGGCGAGCAGGGCUCGGCCCGCUACGACACGGCCGUCAUCGCCAUCAACGUGGCCGACAUCAACGACAACCCGCCCACCUUCCUGGACUCGCCCUACCUGGCGUACGUCGUGGAGGGCGUCGUGCCGCCGCCCAACGGCUUCGUUCUCCGGGUGCACGCCUUCGACGCUGACUCGCCGCCCUUCAACGGCCAGGUGCGCUACUUCCUCAAGGAGGGCGACCCGGACCUCUUCCGCAUCGACGCGUCGACAGGCGACAUCUCGCUGCAGCGCGCGCUGGACCGGGAGGAGCAGGCCGAGCACAUCCUCACCCUGGUCGCCAUGGACACCGGAACACCGCCGCUGACGGGCUCCGGGACUGUGCGCGUCGUCGUGCAGGACGUCAACGACCACAGCCCCGAGUUCGAGCGUGAGGGCCGCCAGGGCUACCGCUCAACCGCGAGGGAGAACGCCGCCCCGGGCACCGUCAUCCUCCACGCCAAGGCCACGGACAUGGACGAGGGGCUCAACGCUAGAAUCAGGUACUCCCUCCUCGGUGAGCACUCCGAGCGGUUCGCCGUGGACGCGGACACCGGGGUGGUGUCGCUGGCGGCGCAACUGGACCGCGAAGAGCUCGCCGAGUACCACCUGACCCUCAUCGCUAAGGACAGCUCAGCCACCGACCCCAGGGCUACCGCCGUCAACCUCACUGUCACCGUCCUGGAUGAGAACGACAACGAACCGCGCUUCGACGAGACGCAGUACACCGUUCUCGUGCCGGCAGGGACGGCCGCUGGCGAGUUUGUGUUUGGCGCAGAGGCCGUGGACGCCGAUGACGGCGACAACGGCCGGGUGCGGUACUCACUGUCCGGCGAUGACGCUACCCUGUUCCGAUGCGACUCCGUGACGGGCAUCGUCACGGCGGGUGGCACGCUAUCCACAGACCCCCACCGCGUCUACGGCGUGCGCGUGACCGCGCGGGACGCCGGCAGUCCGCAGCGCUCCGCCUCUGCCGACCUCAUGGUCCGCGUCGCCCCCGCCGGGCUGUUCCCGACCUUCCGGGGCCCGCGCGUCGCCAAGUUCACCCUGCAAGAGGACGUGAAGGAGGCGGGCGCUGCACCCAGGGUGGUGACGCGUGUCGCGGCCACCUCUCCCAAGCGCGGCGCCGCCGCCACCAUCCACUACGCCAUCGCGGGCGGCAACGCCGGCGGCGCGCUGCGGGUGGACGAGCUGAGCGGGGACGUGAUCGUGUCAAACGGCCUGGACUACGAGACGGCGCCCCACUGCGAGGUGUGGGUGGAGGCGCGCGACUCGGACCGCCCGCCGCUGCGCUCCCUCGUGCAGCUGCUCGUCAACGUGACGGACGCCAACGACAACGCCCCGGUCAUGGAGCAGGGCCUGUACAACGCCAGCGUGAUGGAGGAGGAGUUCGCCCCCAUCAGGGUGCUGCGCGUGCGCGCAACGGACCGUGACUCGGGGCUCAACGGCCAGCUCUCGUACCGCUUGGCGCCCGGCCAGGAUGGUGACGGUGCCUUUGGUGUGGACCCCCGCACCGGAGAGAUCUUCACCAAGACCAAACUCGACCGGGAGACAGUGGCAAGCUACCAGCUGCAGGUUGAGGCCGUGGACGAAGGCCGACCCCAACUCACGGGUAACGCCGCUGUACUGGUCACGGUGCUUGACAAGAACGACAACCCACCGCGCUUCUCCAGGCUGUUCAGCGUCAACGUGACAGAGAACUCGGACAUCGGCACUUUCGUGAUCCGCGUGACAAGCACGGACUUGGACGAGGGCGAGAACGCGAACGCAACGUACAGCUUCACCGAGAACCCAGGAGAGAAGUUCGCAAUCGACCCCAUUAGCGGCAACGUGACGGUGGCCGGAUCGCUCGACCGCGAACAGCACGACGAGUACGUGCUCAAGGUGGCCGCCGUGGACGGUGCGUGGCGCCAAGAGACACCGCUCACCGUCACCAUCCAGGACGUGAACGACAACGCCCCUGAGUUUGAGCACUCUUACUAUUCCUUCAACUUCCCCGAACUGCAGCCGAGUGGAGUGGCGGUGGUCGGCCAGGUGACAGCGGCGGACCGCGACAAGCAGGGACCCAAUUCUGUCAUCUCGUAUUCCCUCAAGCACCCUUCGGACAUGUUCAGCGUAGACCCGGCCAGCGGGGAGGUGCUGUCCAAGCGGAGGCUGCGCUACAAGCACACCGCCCUUGGCUGGUCCCCCGAGAACCAAUUCCCUCUGACGAUUCUCGCAACCGACAACGGCAAGCCUCCCAUGUCGUCCGAGUGCCUCGUCACCGUCAACGUGGUGGACGCCAACAACAACGCGCCCGUGUUCGCGCAGCACUCUUACUUCGUCCCGGUGCCGGAGAGCGCCACCGUUGGUCGCAGCCUGCUCAAGGUGGUCGCCAAGGACGACAAGGAUUACGGACUCAACGCCGAGCUCGAGUACAUGAAGGUGGGCGGCAACGGGUCCGAGCUGCUGGCUGUGGACAAGAUGACUGGGAAAAUCAGCCUUGUGCAGCCUUUGCGCGCCCAGGGCGUGAAUCGACUGCUCCAGACCUACUCGAUCACCGUGCGCGCUGUCGACAAGGGGGUGCCUCCUCAGAGCGACGAGACCACCGUAGUCGUCGUGGUGACCGGCGAGAACAAGCACAGCCCCGUGUUCAAGGCCCCCAGCUCGCAGGUGUUCGUGCCAGAGAAUGAGCCGGUGGGCGCGACUAUCCUCACGGUCCAGGCUGACGACGCGGACGUGGGUCCCAACGGGGAAGUGCGUUACGCUAUCUCCGGAGGCAACGACCAGGGCCAGUUCGCCGUGCACCCUCGCACCGGCGUGGUGACCAUCGUCCGGCCGCUGGACUACGACACGAUGCCGGAGCACCACCUCAACAUCACUGCCACUGACCUCGGCCUGGAUGCGCGAUCCGCCACCGCCUCGCUCACAGUCAUGCUCACCGACAUCAACGACAACCCACCUGUAUUCAACCAGACCACCUACACGGCUAGUAUUCCCGAGAACUCUCCACCAGGCACUGUUGUGUUCACGGCUCGUGCCAGCGACGCCGACUCACCCAAGAACGCAGUCAUCCACUACUCCAUAGUCGGUGGUUCCGGCAAGGACGUGUUCGACGUGGACACGCGCACGGGAGUGGUGACAGCCAAGAUAAUCUUCGACUACGAGGAGCGAACCCAGUACACCCUGGACCUCCUGGCUGCCAACCCAGACUCUUCACAGUACGGCUCAGCGCGCCUCGUCGUGCACAUCACCGGCGUCAACGAGUACUACCCGCGCUUCGUUCAACCCGUCUUCCAUCUGGACGUGUCCGAGGCCGCCGAGGUUGGCACGAGCGUCGGCAUCAUCCAGGCCACCGACCAGGACCAGGGCGAGGACAGCAAAGUGUACUACCUCCUGGUGGGCUCUAGUAACGACCGCGGCUUUAGCAUUGCGCCGGAGACUGGCGUGGUCACAGUUUUCCGCGGCCUGGACCGCGAGACCCAGAACCGCGUCGUGCUCACGGUCAUGGCCAAGAACGCCGGCUCAAUCCGCGGCAACGACACCGACGAAGCGCAGGUCAUCAUCUCCAUCCAGGACGGUAACGACCCGCCCGAGUUCCUCCAGGCCGUGUAUGAAGCCCAGGUGUCUGAGGCGGCGGCCCCAGGCUCGCUAGUGACCACCGUCAGGGCCGUCGACAGGGACGUCCGCUCGAACAACAAUCAGUUUGCCUACUCCAUCCUCGGUGGCAGCGGAGCGCACUCGUUCAAGGUGGACCCCCAAACGGGCGAAGUGGAGACGACAAUGCCGCUCGACCGGGAGGCGAUGUCCGCCUACACCAUCACUGUCGGCGCCAUCGACUCUGGGUCCCCGCCCGAGACGGGCACCACCGUGGUCCGGGUUCUGGUGGAGGACGUGAACGACAACGCCCCGCGCUUCGACGACCACACGGUGGGCUACGUGGCAGAGAACGAGCCCGCGGGCACCAGCGUGAUGGUGCUGAGCGCCACCGACGCCGACCUGCCACCCAACGGGGCGCCCUUCAAGUACCGCCUGGUGGGCGGACGCCAUCGGGACCUCGUCACCCUGGACAGCGCCACGGGAUUGCUGAGGACGGCGCACACCAUCGACAGAGAGACCACCGACAGCCUGGACCUACUGGUGGAAGUGGAGGACAGUGGAAGUCCACCGCAGCGCGCCCAGCACCCCGUCACCGUCACCGUGCUCGACCAGAACGACUCUCCAUCCUCGCCGCGCGCCCUGCACCUCCUCGUGUUUGCGCCCCCCUCCGCACCGUCCUCGACGAUGGCAGACGGCUCCCCGCCGUCCGCCGCCCUGGGGGUGGUGGCCGACGUGCGGCCCAACGACCCGGACGCCACGGGAGACUACCGGUGCAAGAUGGUGCCGCCCGGACCCUCCAGGACUGUACCACUCUCCAUCCCGCGCGCGUGCCAGCUGCACGCCAACGCCAUGGCGCAACCCGGUGGCGCCUACUCCAUCAACGUCAUGGCCAACGACGGCGUGCACGCCGACGUCACCAACGUGGUGACGGUCGAGAUCCAGGCAGUAGACAACGACACAGUGGAGGGCACCGUGACGGUGCGCGUCGACAACCUGACGGCCUCCAUGUUCCUGGAUUCACACUACAAGGACUUGGUGGACGUGGUUCGCUCAGCAUUGCCCCAGGACGAUCACCUAUCCGUGCUGGCGUACUCGGUCCAGGAGCGCGACGCCGGAGUGGAGGUGGCGGUGGCUGCGCGCGGCCAGCGGGGCUACCACAGCCGCGCCGCGGUGCUGCAGGCGCUGCAGCGACGCCAGGACCGUCUGGGCAAGCUGGUCGGUGGCCGUCCCUUGGUGCUGGGCUACUCGCCCUGCCAGCGCGCCGCCUGCCACGAGGGCGCCGUCUGCUCCGACGCGCUGCGGCUCGUCGCCCCCGCCCUGCCACUCCGCCUCACCGACUCGCCCUCCUUGGCCCUCGCCACGCCCGUGCUCCAUCGCGACGUGCAGUGCCGCUGCGCCGACGGCUUCACGGGCGCGCGCUGCGACCGGCGCCAGGACCCGUGCGCCGCCAACCCGUGCCAGAACGGCGGCGCGUGCCGGCGCCAGGGCCAGGACUACAGCUGCGUGUGCCCCACGCACACCGAGGGCCGGCACUGCGAGCGGGAGCGCGGCGACGCCUGCAGCGAGAACCCUUGCCGGAACGGCGGCUCCUGCCGGGGCGACGGCGCGUCCUUCUUCUGUCUGUGCCGGCCGGGCUUCAGGGGCAACCAGUGCGAGGCGGUGGCCGACUCCUGCCGCCCCAACCCCUGCCUGCACGGCGGCGCCUGCGUCGCCCUCAAGCCCGGCUACCGCUGCACCUGCCCCGACGGCCGAUACGGCCGCCACUGUGAGCGCUCCGCCUUCGGCUUCCGCGAGCUGUCUUACGCUGCCUUCCCUUCGCUGGACGCCUCCACCAACGACAUCUCGGUGGUGUUCGCCACCUCCAAGCCCGACGCGCUCCUCGUCUACAACUUUGGGGCGCAGACGGGCGGUCGGUCCGACUUCGUGGCGCUCGAGCUGGUGGGCGGCAAGGCCGUGUUCUCGUUCGGCGGCGCCCGGACCGCCAUCUCCUCGCUGACGGUGGGGCCGCCCUCCCUGGCCGACGCCAGCUGGCACAAGGUGACCGCCACUCGCAACGGCCGCGUCGUCUCGCUCAGUGUGGCGGCCUGCACCGACAACGGGGACUCGUGCGGGGAAUGUCGUCCGGACGACGAGUCAUGCUACGCCACAGACAUGGGCGGCACUGGAACACUGAACUUCAACGGCCACCCCAUGAUGGUGGGAGGCCUGCAGGCGGCAGACCCGGUGCUGGAACGACCCGGACAGAUCUCCAACGACGACUUCGUGGGCUGCGUGCACAGCGUGUCCGUGAACGGUCGACCCCUGAACCUCAGCAGCCCGCUCCACUCUCGCGGCGUGGAGACGACCUGCGGCCGCCCGGGCUCCCUGUGCGCCAGGACUCAGCCGAGAACCGUUGGUCUCCAGGAUCUCGACAGCGAGGAGGUGCCUCCGCAGGGUGUGUCGCGCUUGGCGCCGCGCUGCGGCUCGCUAGGCUCGUGUGUAGAUCGCUGGACAUCGUCGGCGUGCGAGUGUUCCACUGGCGUCGGCGCGACCGGCGUGCUAGCGCCCGACUGCGUCGAGAGCCUGCAGCCCAGCACCCUGGCGGACGGAGCCUUCCUGUCGUUCCGCGUGUCCGACAUGCACCGCCGGAUGCAGCUGCUCGACCAGGUCUACCGCGGCACGACGCGGUGGCACGGCAGGGACAAGCACCACCACCACCAGCACCACCAUCACCACCCCAAGACCCUCAGCGUAUCCUUCAGGACUGUCCGCAGGGACGGCCUCAUUCUGUACGCGGCCUCCAACAAGGACUUCACCGCCAUCGAGCUCCGCGGCGGCGUGCUGGUGUACAUGUCUCGAGCUGGCGCGGCCGGCUCGCCCGUCAACAUGACGGUGUCGGACUGGGAGCCGCUGUGGGACGGCCGCUGGCACAACGUGACCCUCGAGUCCCGGGGCCGCGCGCUCCGGCUGCUGCUGGACGGACGCAGGGCCGGGGACGAGCUGGACCCCAACGGCGUGCACGACUUCCUGGACCCUUACCUCACCACGCUGUCUGUGGGCGGCGCCGUGAGAGACACCUUCCACGCUCCGGACGCCCCACAAGCGUUUGAGGGCUGCGUCGCCAACCUGACCAUCAAUGCCGAGGUCCAGCCGCUCAACGGAUCCGGGUCCAUACUGGCCGCUCACGCCCACGGCAAGGUGUGGGCGGGCUGCGCGGGCCCGGUCGGCGUGGGUGCCGCCGCUGCGCCCGACCCACUGUCUAUCGGCAUCACACUCGUCAUCGUCUUCUUCGUCAUCUUACUGGUCGUCAUUCUCGUCUCCUUUGUCGUAUUCCGGCUGCGGAGGCACAGCAAGGAGAAGGGCGCAGGGCCUGGCGGCUCCCCCGGCACCACGCUAGUCACGGCAGGAGGACUGCUGCCUGGUGGUGUCGGCGGCGACCUGGGUCGACUGCACGGCGUAGAAGGCGUUGGCGGGGACCUGCUGCGAGCGCAUCACCCAGAACUCAUCGCCAAGAAGUACAAGGAGCGCGAUCUGGAGCAGCAACGUCCCCAACGGCCCGACAUCAUCGAAAGGGAGGUGGUGGGCAAGUCGCCUCCGCUGCCGAUGCCCCCGCCGCCCCACCACCCACACGACGCCACCAGCAUGGACCCCAGCAUGGACAUGCCCGAGCACUACGACCUGGAGAACGCGAGCUCCAUCGCGCCCUCCGACAUUGACAUCGUCUACCACUACAAGGGCUACCGGGAGGGCGCGCGCAAGUACAAGGCGAGCCCCGCGCCCGCACCCAGCGCGCCGCCGAACCCGACGUCGUAUCACCACAAGCACAUGCAGCAGGGCCUGCAGCAAGCCGCGGCGCAUGCGGCGCAUCGCCACACUCCCUUCAUGCAGCACCCCAGUCGCGACUCGCCCCGGUCCAUGGUGCUGCCCCCGGCGCCGCCCGCGCCCGCGGCGCGCGUGGACUCGCCGCCCUCCGUCGCGAACAGCGGCGGCGGGGGCGGAGGGGGCGGCGGCCGAGUGCAGCACCAGAGCACGCCGCUAGCAAGGUUGUCGCCGAGCUCAGAGGUGUCGUCGCAACCUCGCAUCCUGACGCUCCAGGACAUCAGCGGCAAGCCGCUGCAGUCGGCGCUCCUCGCCACCACUUCCUCGUCCGGCACGGUCGGUGUCGGCAAGGACGCGUGCAGCGCGCUGCACUCCAACUCUGAGCGGUCGCUCAACUCGCCCGUCAUGUCGCAACUGAGCAGCCACAGCGGCUCGGGAUCCCGCAAGCUGUGCAAGCCCGGCCACCAGGCCAUCGGCCACCAGGCCAUCUCCUCGCUGCCCCUGCAGCACCCGCAGGACAUGCCCCUGCCCAACCACGUGGGGUCGCACGUGGGUCCGCACCCCUCGCACGCGUCGCACGCGUCCUCGCUGGCCGAGGAGAUGCAGCGCUUCAACCACAACCCCCCGCGCAACUCGAGCCUCGUGUCCACCCUGGACGCGGUCAGCUCGACGCCGCACCACCGGGGCAUGGGCCACGGCCACCGGGGGCACAUGCACCACCAGGACGACGACAUGGACGACCUGGACGACAACCACUCGGCGCACUCCACCACCACGGACGAGAGCGGCAACGACUCGUUCACGUGCUCCGAGAUCGAGUACGACAACAACAGUGUGGGCACGGGGACGUGUGGCGACGUGCGCGGCACGUGCGAGGAUGACGACGACGACGACGAGGCCACGGACACGGGCCGCGGUAGCAGCCCUUUGGCCGGCCCCAUGUCCGGGGUGCACUCGGGCAAACCCUCCUUGCCCCCGCCGCCGUCGUACGACGGGUUUGAUUCGUCGUUCCGGGGAUCUUUGAGCACGCUCGUGGCCUCGGAUGACGACCUGUCAACACACAUGGGCGUGCACGGCCUCGGGCAUCCGCACAGCCCCUCGCACGGGCCCCACGGCCCGCUCUCUCCCUCGGCCACUGCCCUGGGCUGGGACUACCUCCUCAACUGGGGUCCCAAUUUCCAAAGUCUGGUCGGGGUGUUCAAAGACAUUGCAGAGCUGCCCGACUCGGUCAACGGAAGAGGGGUGCCGGUGCCAGCCUCAUUAAGGCUUCCAGCCUCGCCAACCAAGCCCUCAGAAGAGUAUGUGUGACAGUAGUGUGUUCCUCAAAUUAGUAUUUAUUUGUUUUAGUAAGAGAAAAAGAACCUAGAUGAAUGGUUGACGUGAAACAAGGGGAAUUGGUGUGUUUGAUGAAGACAACUCCCCAUUUCCUUUUCAUUAAUUUAUUCUUGUACAAUGUGACAGAGUUUCUGUGAUGUUUACAAAAUUAAGACUGCUUUUAAAGAUGCAGGGGUAUGUAAAGAACAAUGUCAAGGAAAUUGAAUCUUGUGAAAGAUCAUAUGAAAGAAAGUGAUACUGUAAUAUAUUUAAUUAUUGUGACCAUAUUAAGUGUUGAAAGUUCAGAAAAUGUGUCAUAAGUACCAGUAUUGUAAUUUAUUUUAAGCCACUAAAUUUUGUUCUGAGGAAUUACAUUUAACGACUAUGCAAGUGUAAUUGAGCCAAGCUACAUUUAGUCAUUGUUACAGAAUAUGAACAUUAUUUUUUUCAUUUGUGGGCUCCUCCUUACAGAACACUUUUUGGUGGCUCAUAGGUUUUGAGAUUAAGUGCAUUGUUUUGAAAGGCAGAGUAAACAAUGCAAGCUCAUCUCUAGUCUGGGCCAAUGGUGGUCCUAUUUAAAAAUUGUGGCCAUAGCUAACUGAGCACUGCUGCAAGCCAGGUUGUCAAGGGACUGUUGAAAUACUUAUAAAAUGAAAGCAUUUGUGUGAAAGCAUCAGUUAUUGACCCAGCUAGAAAAGUUUCAUCUACUUGUCGACACUUGACAUCUACCUGAAAUCUUUUAGAGGAUGGGGUCUAUUUUCGGUCCAUAAAUAGAUGUCAUCAUCUAAUAAAUGCUUAAUCGAUGUCAAGUGAAGUAAGCUUCUGGUUGGGUUUACUGCACAUCCUAACUGGAUUUAGUCCAUUCAAGUAAACAUGACCCUUGAACCUGCAUUGCCAUGUAACAGCAGAAAGCCAAUCUAUGUACUGAUGUGUUAAAAUUGUACAAAUUAUUAAUUUACGUGUAUAUAAAUUAAGUGAAAGUAUGAAUGGAGGAUUAGUGAAUGUUGUAGAAUGUGUUGCCCAGAGCAAUUUAUAUAGAGGUGUUAACAUGUAAAUAGAAAUGAAUUCCAAUCAUAGCCAUAAGCUGUAGUGCCAAAUAUCCCCACCCUUCCCUACCAAUCCCUUACCUCCCCAUCCCUAAAGAAAUUUUCUGAAAAUAAAAAUGGAACAUCAAAUACAA